AUCAGCGUACGUGCUGUGGUGUUACGGCUGACCGCGAGGCGAAGUCGCUUGCGAAAACAGACUCAAAGUCAGCUUAGCGGCGAAAUACGGGGCGGUUUGUGUUUGUUGUCACGAGGUAUGCUUCCUACACCCCCCUCCGAAAAAAAUAAAGGGGCCGAAAAGUAAACAGAAACCGAGGCAGAAGCUGGUGUCGUCUGGAGGAAUGAACAGACAGCGCUCCCGUUCGGCUAGCAUCUCCUCAUUUAACGGUCGCUUCAUUUAAAGAAACUCCGAUUUGCUUUCUGGAGAGCCCGCAAGGCAUUCAAGGAGAGGAGAGGCGAAGAAGAUGGAGUUGGUGUUUUUCCGGCUCCCGGGACAUGGGAACAUGACCCUGAAGCACAUGAAUUCACUGAGAUCCCGCCAGCAUUUCUGCGACAUCACUAUCGUGGCCAGUAACAACCAGACGUUCAGGGGACAUAAGGUGGUGCUGGCUGCCUGCUCACCCUUCCUGAGAGAUCAGUUCCUCCUCAACCCAUCGUCCAGGCUUCAGGUGUCGAUGCUGUACAGCUCCACAGUGGUGUGUGAUCUGCUUCAGUCUUGCUACACUGGUAUCCUGCAGUUCAACCCAGAGGAGAUCGUAAACUACCUGACGGCUGCCAGCUACCUUCAGAUGGAGCACAUCGUAGAGCGCUGCAGAGGAGCUCUGGAGAAAUAUGUGCAGCUGAAGAACCCCAGUCAAUCGAAGACGCCCACAGAGGAAACUGAGACCAGGCCGGUGAUCGUCAGUGGCAGUGUCCAUUCAGUCGCAUCACCUCCACCUAGGCAGCCUUCCCCUGUACACUCCCACAGCCCCGUAGUGCGCUCGGUGGAGGAGAGCAACGGCGAAUUGUCUGCUCAGGGAAGCAGUCAGCUGCAUGAUGACAAUGCUGCACUGGAUGAGGGCUUCAUUAAGGUCAAUGCAUCAGAUGAGGAUGAAGAGGCCAGACAGGUGAACUACAAUAUGUUAAGAGUGUAUAUUUCUGAAAAUGAGCACACUGACAGAGACAGGGAGGAGGAAAAAGGAGCUCCCUCUGAGGUACCUCAAGGCGCCAACUUCUCAGAGACAGAAGAAGUUGUGAUUGGAGAAAGCGGCGAGUAUGACUUGAAUCCAGCAGGUCUCAGUUCUGGAGAGUUUUCAGUAGAAAGUCUCCGCGCUCUAAGUCGAAGAAUCUCCGAGACUAAUUUUGGCCACAGCAGAGGAAGGGGAAGGGGGAGGGGUUUAAAAAGAAAAAGGUGGGUGUCAUCUCAGGAGAAAAGACCUUCAGGCAUCACCCAACACCAGGAUCUCUGGUAUCUUACAUCUGCCGGAGGGGGCUUCGGCCUGGACUACAGCCAAGAAGGACUCAGGGCAUCAAGAAAUAUUGUCACAGUUGAGAUCCCAGAGUUGGACUUCAGCAUGGGCAGCACACAGGGGGAAAAGGUUUCACCGAUACCCGCUAACAGUCUUAACCAGUUCUCCCUGGAAGAGUCUGCUUGUGGUGCUGGUGAAGGGAGUUCAGGGUUGACGACUGUUGGAACAAACGAAGGCAGCGAUGAGUCGGUUGCCGUGGUGGGGUCUACUUCCAGCGUGGCUGGCCCUGUAAUCUGCGAGCACUGCAACAUGACUUUCCCUUCAGCCCAUUCCCUCGCAAUCCACUCCCGCUCCACUCACCUGCUCUAUGCCUGCCCCUGCUGCGGGAAGCACUUCCACCACUCUACGAACCUCACCCGGCACAUGGCCGUGCACAGAGGGGCCGGCAAAACGCACCAGUGCCCCCUGUGCUACAAGACGUUCACCCAAAAAUCCACUCUGAUAGACCACAUGAACCUCCACAGUGGCGAGCGGCCUCAUCGCUGCGCUUACUGCCACGCCCACUUUGCCCACAAGCCCGCCUUACGUCGGCACCUGAAGGAGCAGCACGGCAAAACCACGGGGCAGAACUCCCUACACGAGCAGGAGGAGAGGGAGAGAGCAAGAGGAGCAGCUGGGAGAAUACGAGAGGAGGAGCAAGAAUGUCUGGUUACUGAGUAAUAAGUCUUGUUACAGACUUCAGGCUUGACGGCUUGUUGCAGUUACAUUUGAACUUCAUGUGAUCAGUGUCAACACAAUGUGGAAAUUAAGUGUGUGCUAAAAAAAUAAAUGCCUUUACAUUCUGGCUGCCAAAUAAAAGACCUUUCACAUAUAGCUUUUUUUUUUUAGUAAAAAGGAAGAAAAAUGUUACUUGACAUUAUAGUAAAACACUGGUAUAAAAAUAUCUGAUGGCUCUGUUUAGUUUGUGACAGUGAGUCUGCAUGAACAAUACCAGGACCCCGAAGCCAAAGCAGAGGAAAUUUUAACCGUCCAUAUUUUUUAUUAUUCACACUUGUGCUUUUCCUACUGUGUAAAGUGUUCGUUUUAACAUUGUUUUUGACUCAGAGCUGCAGUCUUCAACUUGAAUAUGUUGUACGUGGAGUCAGCGCAGUGACUGACUGCAAGUCAAAGACUCUGUGAAUGAGUGUAAAUAAAACAGCUAGAGAGAAACCUCUCUGUUUCGAGUAACUGUUACUCCACUAAAGCCCCACCAACACCUUCUUUUUGCAAGGAGUAGCCAAUCAGAAGAAGGUCGAUUUGAAGGACAGGAGCUAAACUGGCUUAUUGUAGAGCAUGAGCUGAAUGGUUGAUAAGUAAGGGUUAGAUUCAUACAAUUCUACUCCAGAAGAGUCCAAGAAUAAAAAACAUGCAGCUGACAAUGAGGAUAAUGAGUCUACUUUUUUCCAUGACAACAGAUAGCAGGGCACAUCUC